GGUCACCCGUCCUCAUCUGCACCACCAACUCACCUCUCCCAAGCCUUCUCGCCCAGCCCAAAAACCACCACCAUGCCCUUCACCUUCCUCCUCUUCAUAACCCGCAAACCAACCCUCACCCCUACCGAAUUCAAAACGCACUGGGACGCCGCACACGUCGCGCUCCUCCAAUCCACAGCCGGGCCUUACUUCCCGCUUACCCAUACGCGACGCUACAUUGCUCGCCCAGCCGCAGAAGCGACGACCGGGAGCUGGCCGGCGUCCGUGCUCGUCGGGACACAGGAAGAUUUUGCGUACGACUGGAUAGCUGAGUUAGUGUUUGAAGACGAGGCUGCCUUCCAGGAGUUUAUGGGCGCUGUGAGUGAGCCGGAGGCGGCGAGGAGGAUUGCGGAGGAUGAGGAGCGGUUUAUUGUGAGGGAGAAGAUGAGGGCUGUUGUGCUGGGGGAGACUUCGGUCACGUCGAGAGAGUGAUUGGGGGUUAGUGUGUGGAAGUGUUUUAAGUUCUUUGAAGCCGUGACGGUUCGCUAGGGCGACCUGAAAGUGUAGGAUUUAAAUCAUAUCAUGACGAAUAAAGCAAGUG